AUGGAUGAAAAGCCUGGGUCAUCAAGUGCUGUGGCAGCAGACAGGUGAGGAACUGCACUUUUUGAUUUAGUUGGUUUGAAUUUAUACAGAUUUUAUGACUGGGUUCGUCUUGUACCUUUUAGUCUUAACUCCACUGAUUAUUCAUGCAAUAGGUUUGUUUGAGUCUAGUACAACAUUUUUAUUGUAGCUGUCCUGUCUGUACCACAGCUCUGUCGAUGUGAUGGCGGAGGCAAAGAAGCUUAUCGGUGCUGGGAACAGGCACCUGGUGAUGGGGGAUGUCGUUUCUGCAGUCCACGUGUUCCAGGAGGCUUGUGGCAUACUGUGAGUACUGAGAACAAAUGGCUUGGAUCCAGGGCAGUCACCAAAGUUUCAUAACAUUCAGGGCUCAGUCCUGAAGACGAGGGGUUUGUGGGUCUGAGGGAAAAAAGGGCAUUUUCAAAAAAAUAAUUUCAUUUUACAUUUUAGUCAUUUAGCAGACGCUCUUAUCCAGAGCGACUUACAGUUAGUGAAUGCAUAUCUUUUUAUACUGGCCCCCCGUGGGAAUCGAACCCACAACCCUGGCGUUGCAAACGGCAUGCUCUAUCAACUGAGCUACAUCCCUGCCGGCCAUUCCCUCCCCUACCCUGGACGACGCUGGGCCAAUUGUGCGCCGCCCAUGAGUCUCCCGGUCGCGGCCGGCUACUUCAUUUUUACUCUGACAUUUACAUACUGAGAUCAAUAAAACAAAUGACCCAUGUCUUAAAUGCAGCCAAUAGCAUAGGCCAAUGAGAAGAGUGGAUACACAGAUCUUAGGCCUAUUCAAACAGAUUCUUCCCGCAAUUGUAUUUUGAAAUAUUGCCAAAUAGUUUCUAGCCGCUGCCUGCUGUUCGUUGACAGCCACAACUCAACAAUCAGCUGUUUUAUAUUUGCCACGCAGGCCAGGCGGCCCAUUUGUGAUUCUUGACUGUAGACUAGGCCUAUGUGCUCAUAAUGUGACAAAACACAAUCUACAGCAUUUAAAUACAAAAAUAAGCUAUUGAUUCUCUGUGGCUCUUAUGCUGGUGUAGUAUUUUCAAUGAUUUCAUUUCUUUAUAGAGACAGGAGUAGCCUAAAUUAUAUAAUUUUUUAAAUAAAAUAAUCUAUCAGCAAGUAGCCUAACCUACAAUUACGAAAAUAAAUUCAAUAAGUUAAUGAAGCCAAUAAUGGUUCCAGCUAUAUUGUUAUUGAAACGAUGUAGGCCUUUUUGAACAAUGCAAAAAUGUCAAAUGACUUGAGGGCUAUGGGAAAAGUGUACAAAUGUGUAUUUGCAUCAGUAGGCUGACUGACUGAAAUGCAUCAGAAAAGUAUCAAAGUUCAGGAAAAGAUCAGGGAAGCUCAUCAUGUAGGCUAUAGGCCUUGUGUGUGUGUGUGUGUGUGUGGAGAAUGUAUGCAUUGCUUUCAAUUGCUAGAAUGAUCAUGAGCACUCACCUCAACUUAUCUAAUAUUUCCCAGCCUAAUUCUAACCAAAUAUCGAAACGGAGAUUCAGUGAAAUCCAAAAUGUGACAUUGAUUUAUCAAGAUGGAGUUCCCAUGCUUGUCUCAAAGCAGCGCAAUGACGCUGUCCCAAUGAAAACGGUGCUGGAAUUAUCAGUUGACCACACAUGGCAAUUGCUUUACGUUUAUUAUAACCAGUGGUGUAGUGGUAUUAUUAUUAUUUUCUUUGCCUACCAGAGCACUAUUAUUAUUAUUAAGCCAUCAUUCUGAAUGAAAGUUGGUACCAUCUUCUAUAAAAUCAUUUUAGAAUAUAGGCUACAUCAUCCAAGUUGCAUGAUUGCUUAUGCCUACACAUACUGUAAGUGGCUAAUGGAAAUGUUAUAUUUAAAUCCUAAAACACCAAAUUAGACCUACAUUAUUAUAAAUGAGGCCAUCACUGUCAGUCGUGAAUGAUAAUUCUUCAUGUUGUACAGGUGAAACGUCCAUGCUGCAUGCAUGCCAAUCAUUUGAUCCCAAUCAGUUUCAUGGGAAUAUGCAUUUCGAUCUUCUUGGAUGAUGUAAGUAAGGGUAGCUAACCAGCCAAACUAAUCCACUUUUAGAGCAGAUGAAGUUAAACACAGCCACCGCAUGAGAAAGAAAAUGCAACAUUUCAGCACAAUCAUCCUAAAUAAGAAAUUACAUGGUGUUUUUGGUAUAACUGUAGCCUGACAUGAUCAUGCUAUUAUAUUCGGGUUGUUGUGUAGAAUGCUAAUUCAGCUCCAUUCUGAGACGUGGCAGAGCAUCGCUCCGCUCUGCACCGGCAGCACUACAACCCUGUCUAUAAUGGUUGGAUGACUUCGGGAGUUUCGCGUAACCACAGCUCUAUGAACUAAGUGGGGCAUUCAGUUGACUACAAAAAUUUUUUACACCAUUGCAGCAGCACAAAAGAUUUGGGGCUGACCCAAAAUCAUUCGGGGCUAAAGCCCUCGACAACCAGGUCCUGGUGAUGUCCAUGCUUGGAUUGACUGUGGAUUUGUAAUGUUAUGAGGGUCAUGUAUUGAUUGUGGAUUUCUGAUGUUACAAGGAUCAUUUUAAUGAAUGUAAUUCAUUUGUUCUUUACCUGACCUCAACCAGUACUGCUAAUCUGACAUCGCUUGUCCUUCAGGGCUGAGCGGUAUGGGGACACUGCAGAUGAGUGUGGAGAGGCCUUCUUCCUGUGUGGGAAGUCUCUACUGGAGCUUGCCAGGUAAGUAGAAGUGUGAUACUGUUACUGUUUGCGUCUUUUGACACAUUCUGUACCUGUGUUCAGUUUGCAGUUAAACUUUAGAAUAAUUGCUUUUAUAAUUGUAUGGUCAUUUAGCAGACCUUUAUCCAAAGUGACUGGAAGAACUGUUGAGAAUGAGUGACUUGUGUAUUCAGUAUACAUGGGGUAUGUAUGUGGGAAUCAAACCCACAACCCUGCUGCUGCCAGCACCAAGCUCUGAGUUAUGAAUAUUUGAGUGGUGUUUCAGGGUGGAGAACACUGUCCUUGGUAAUGCUCUUGAGGGAGUCCCUGAGGAGUCCUCUGAGGAGGGAGGGGAGGGAGAGAAGCCGGACAGCUCAAAGUUUGAGAGUGCCGACAACUUGGACGGUGAGUAGUAGCCCAUCUUAACCUGACCACCACUGUUUAUGGCUGUUUGUCACUUAACUCCUAGCUAGCUAGUACAAUUGACUUGUGCUGGAGCAAAAACUAACAAUUGUUUAUUUUUUCAUUGGCGUUUAGUAGUAGGUGUAUUCAAUAUGAUAUCAAGAAAUGACAAGCCCCCUGUCAAUGGGCUUCUCUGACAGGGGAAGCGGGAAUGACACGUUCAUCCCCGUCAGCUCUGUUCAGUGAGGAUAAAGGCUGGUUCAUGCUAUGGUCACAGAUUGAGAAUUUAUUUUGACAUACUCUUUUUAUAGCAUAUUGUGGAGAACAAUAUAACUCAAGUUUUCAUGCCCCAUGUAUCUCUGGUGUAGACAAAACAAGGGACGAGCUUCGAAUGCAGGUUUAUGAUGCGAUGGCAGAGAAAAAAACGACUAAUGGAGAGGACGGCAAAGCUGAGCCAAAUGAGAAAGGGAAGAGUGAAUCUGAGGCAGUGGCAGAGGGGAAGAAGGAAACCAUGGCAAAGGAAGAGGGUGCUGCCAAAUCUCUUGCCAAGAAUGGGCAUGAUGAGAAGUCUGAGCCUCCUGUGAAUGGGGUGGAGGAGGCUCCUUUUGCUCCUGAAGAUGAAGCUAGAAAAGAUAAGGAAGCUGGGAAAGAGGAAGCUGUAAAGGAGAUUGGCGUGAAGACUUCUGAAGAGCAGAAUGGAGAGGAGGCUGCGGAGGAGAAGAUGGAGGAAGAGGGUGAAGGUCAACUUAUGUCCUGUGUAGGAAUCUGUUUGGGUGCACCACGUGGAUUGGGACUGAAGGACCAUAAGAAUGGACGUCACACAAAUGGUGGUUGAACCUGCAGUAGGGCUGUAAAGGGAUUGCAACUGAAGUCUCAUUUCUCUUGCUAAUGGAAGUUUAAGCUGCACUGUUGGGAACUGCCACUGUCACAUUAUUACUAAAGGCACAAGCUUUUCCUCUCCCACUUGUCUUUCCUAGUGAACUAUCACUCUCUGGUUAUAUACAGUUAGUCUUUGGUUAUCCUGAUGUGUAGGACUGCUGCAGCCUAGGCUUACUGAAUUAUCUUGGCCUCCACUCUUAGAUGAUGAUGAUGAUGACGACGAUGAAGGGGAAGGCACUGCUGAAGACAAAGUAAGUUAUCCUUUUUUUUUUUUUUUUAUGUCCCUUUGUCACAUUGAACUUAUUUCGUAUGAAAAUAUUACUUGAACUUCUAACCUUGUUUGCAUCUUCCCAUCUCUUGUAGGAGAGUGAAGAUGAGGAAGUGGGGAACCUGCAACUGGCUUGGGAGAUGCUGGAGGUUGCCAAGGUCAUCUACAAAAGGUAAACACUGCCUCUUAGUUCUCCCUGUAGAACGCUACCAUCACAAACUUUGUUUUGGGUAUACAUGAUUCCAAUGGACUACCUUUCACCUGUUUCCCUCUCCUUAUCCAAACAGAAAGGAGAACCAGGAGGACCAGUUGAUGGCUGCUCAGGCCUAUCUGAAGUUGGGAGAAGUUGGAGCAGAAUCUGGUAUGAUCUCCAUGUACUGUUUCUUGCAAAAUGUUUUGCUACGGCUUGCCCUACUGAACACACAUAGUUAUGUUGACUUUAUACUCCAUCCCAUUUCUGAUCACCUUCCCCCUCCCUCAGGUGUUAGACCCUUGCACCACACACUACAGAUGGUUGUAGUUGUGUUCACUUCAUAUUCAUGUGGCCUUCCCUCUUCUAGGUAACUACCCUGCAGCUGUGGAGGACUUCCAGGACUGCCUGUCCCUGCAGCUGAAGCACUUGCCCCCCCACAGCCGCCUGCUGGCCGAGACCCACUACCAGCUGGGCAUGACCUACUGCUACACAGGCCAGUACAGCCAGGCCAUCCAGCACUACAGCAGCUCUGUCAAAGUCAUCGAGAGCCGCCUGGGUAAGGUGGAUAAAUAUAAUGAUAUGUGCCACAUAUCUAUGCAUUUUAGUAUUUGAACCCCCAACCUAGCCGUUGCUAGCGCCAUGUUACCAAUUUGGCCAUACAGGAUGGAUGGAGGGAGGGGGGUCUAGGGGACUCCCCUCUGACCUUCUCCAAUGGGUUUUAAGAAGGAGAGAGGACGUGACGAGUAUGCAAUUGAGAUUCUCCCUAAGUUCUAAGGAACUGACCAGCCCUUAUCGAAGCAGAUUCGGCAUACUCUCCCAGCUGAGUCGGUCAACAAAGGAGCCAAAAUAAUCUAUUUUACAGACGGCCGCUGUUCAGAUCUCUUGUAACUUACCAGCAACAAUUUGGGAAAGAACAUCAACUUUUUGCACUUGAUUCAAAGCUACCUGCGCAGUCACUACUGCACUAGGAAUGACCUGUCGACCUCUGACCUGUCGACCUCUGACCUUGUUUCUGUGUCUAGCCAUGCUCCAGGAGGUGAUGGACAAGGCGGAAGGGGAAGACGGAGCCAAAGAGAAGAUUGAGCUGGAAGAGCUGAAGCUGCUGCUGCCUGACGUCGCUGAGAAGGUGGAGGACGCCAAGGAGAGCCAGAGUAUGGCAGGAUCAGCCUCUGUGGCCAUACAGCAGACCCUGGUGAGUCCCUGUGAGAUACUGGCUAGGAUCAGGGUUAUGUUCAUUAGUCACCAAACGGACUGAAACUGGGAGGAACAUGUCCAAUAAGAAAUUCUCCUUUUUAAUUUACUGUUGUAAAAUGUUUUGAUACAAUGUGUUCUAAUUAAUGACUUAUCUACUAAAUGUUUAUCACCAAGCACUGAACACUGCAAGGAACAAAUUCAGUCCACUUCUCAAUUGCUAAUGAGAAGAAAAGUUGACAUGAGGAUUCAGCCAGCUUGUUUAUGCCAUUGAUCUGUAGAUGUAUUCUCUUCCUUCGACUGAGCAUGUCUGAUCUCCUCCAGGCUGGAGCUUCUACUGCGUCAACAUUCCCAUCGUCGUCAGGAUUCUCCUCUUCCUCAUCAGCAUCUGCAGAAAACGGUGGACCUUCAUCUUCCUGUUCAUCAGCAUUUGGAACCAGUCGGGUAACUACCAUCUUCUACAUUUUUCUUGCACUUGGAAGGAAACCUUGUGCUAAUUCAAACAAAUGACUCGGAUGUCAUUCACUUCAGUAAGCAGGCUUGAUCUCAUGACCAAUUCCCUUGUCCUGUGUUUCAGAUCCCUGUCAGAUCUGCAGCCGAUGGUGCGUCCUCCUCCAAAUCUGCAUCUGACAUUUCCCACCUGGUCAGGAAAAAGGUGAGAUCCCUACCCGCUCCUACCAGUCCCAGUCUGGGGCAACAGGUGGCAGGGCUGCCAAUGUGCAGAUCAGGCUGAUCAUACCCUGGUCUAUACACCAUGCUGUACAUUACUGUGCUCUGCUUGUAGUAGACCCCUCCUUUGUCAAAUCAGUCCAUGCCCCCUUUCCUAGUAUGCUCAGGUUGCAUGACUUGCUUGCUUGCUCUUAGUUGCGAGGGUGACUCCUCUUUUAAUGGUGUUUGAUUACUUUGCUUUCCAUUCCAAUCUCCCCUUUUGUGGUUGAGCGUUAUGCAUGUCUAGGAGGUGUUUUGAUCGGGCUUGAAUUCUGAUGGUUGGUUGUGUGUGUGUAGUCGUGAUUGUGUAGUGGGGACUUGUGGUGUAGUGGCUUUUGUGAUUGUGUGGUAAUGUUAGAGUAGAUUGCAGUAGAGGUGAGGGAGGUAAUGUUGAGAAGUGACUUUGGUUUGUAUUCCUGAACAGAGGAAAACGGAGGAGAGCCCCGUAAAGGACACUGACGCUAAAAAGACCAAGCAGGAAACUACAGUUAAUGGCAGCGGCGACUCCGGCUCUGCCGGCAAUGGCGUCCAGGAGAAAGGGUCACAGGAGGCGAGUUGAUAGGCUUAACUCAUUCUCAGUAGGGUUAGGUGCAGCAGAGGAAGUUGGUAUUGGUGGCACCUUGGACAGUGUCGUUUUUUUUAUUUGAAUAGACUGGAGUGCUAUGACAUAUUUGACCAAGACUCAUACAGGGGGCAUAAAUCCUCAAACGGAUUAAUCUCUACAGUGGUAAUGGACCCCUGACAGGGAUGGCAGGUUUGUCUCUGUGGAUUAAAGCAGAGUCCAGGCAUUUAACAUUCUGAUCUACUUCUGCUGUC